UGCUGCUGUGUGAAUGUGGCCUAUGUAUAUCAAUGAAUGACACAUUUUGUCUGUGAUUUCUUAUUCCAGUCACUUAUAUUUGGUUCUUUUGCACUUAAUUUGGCUUAUUCUUACUGUUGACAUUGAAAAUGAUUACAUUUGUUUUUCUGAGGGUUAAAGUCAUUGGUUAAUUUCUUGACUGCCGUUUUGACAUAGUUUCCACCUGGACAUUUUAAUCAUAUUUGCUAAUUCUAUUUAAUGUAUUUGCCCUGUUUCGAUCCAGUUCCCUGGGAAAUUGAUUUAUUUUUUUAUUUUUUUGUCAUUAUUAUAUUCUUUUAAUGAGGUGCUAAUCAACCUUGAUUUACAUGGAAAUAAAUUUCUAUCAGAUUAUUUUGGCAGUUCAAGUUUUAGGGCUGGUUUUUCUUGAAGUGGGAGGGUUUUGGUGAGCUUUUGGGCUGGAAAUCGUUGACCAUAUCUGGCAAGACUACUGCAAGGAGUUUCACUUUGAUAUGAAGAAGCCACACUGCCAGUCAUUUCAACACACUGUGAAACAAAUUUCUCGUUGUGUUUGUUGAUUUUGCAGAGUGGGACAAAAAGAAAAGACAAAUACGAACCACCAGAAAACACCUACUCUUCUGUGUGUGCAACAGCAGCCAAAAUGACAAGAACAGUCAUACUCCUUUACUUCUUUUUGGCAGUCUGUCCUCUCUCUAAUGCCAUUCUCCUUGAUUGGCCUUUUCCAUUUCUGAAUCAGAGUGCACACCUGGGAUCAGGUAAACUUUGUGCAACGCUGCAACUGCAGACCAAGUUGCCCUGGCUCAGUGUAAACCUGUCAGUGAGUGAAAAUGUGCUGCUGAAUCCUGAAAAAUUGCUUCUGGAGAGUCUGUCACUGAAGGUGGAAAGAACCUGCAGUUUCAUGGUGUUUCAACAAGACAAAGAAAGCCAACAUUUUCCUGGAGGAUUCUAUUCCAACAUUACUAUAAACUCCAACAGUACACAGUCAGGAAUUUUGUGUGUUUGCUCAAAAUUGCACAUCAGAUACAGACGUGAUCCAACAUUUCAAGAUUUUGGUAUAACACAUUUUUUAAACAGUCCCAGACCUUCAUCUGACAACAACUAUUGGCAGAAAGUGUGGGACUGUGCAAUAAAUUAUAGAAAGACUCAUAUAAAAGACAAAGGCAAAUUUAAACCACCAAGGACACAGUCCUUCAUGAAAAGUGAAAAUUUCAAAGAAAAAUUUAAAAAAGAUCCCAAAUAUCUUAUUAAAGUUAACAACAAAUCUUUAUACAGAAGCAUGGUAAAAAUUGAUAUUUAUGAUGUCACUUAUUCAUCAGAGGGACUACACAUUUCAGAAAGAAAAUAUUUUGUUGUGGUUGCUCUUGACAACAAUGAUAAUCCAAUUCAUUAUGAACGAGUUACAGAUGAAAUUGCUAAACAGUUUCCACAAAUGACUACAGCCACGAUUGUGGACACUGCAGACGUGACUACAGCAGACGUGACUACAGCAGGCUUGACUACAGCAGACGUGACUACAGCAGACGUGACUACAGCAGGCUUGACUACAGCAGACGUGACUACAGCAGAAGUGACUACAACAGAUGUGACAGAAGUAAGAGGCAAAUGUGACUACAGCCACGACUGCGGUGACAGAAGAGGCAAAUGUGACUACAGCCACGACUGCGGUGACAGAAGAGGCAAAUGUGACUACAGUAGCUGUGACUACUGCCACGAAGAUGUGACUACAGCCACGACAGAUGUAACUACAACAGAAGUGACUACAACAGACGUGACUACAACAGAAGUGACUACAGUAGACAUGACUACAACAGAGGUGACUACAACAGAAGUGACUACAGUAGACAUGACUACAACAGAGGUGACUACAACAGAGGUGACUACAACAGACGUGACUACAACAGAAGUGACUACAACAGAAGUGACUACAACAGAGGUGACUACAGCUGUGACUGAGGUCACAGAAGAGGAAGACGUGACUACAUCCACGAAUGUGGCCACAAAAGAGUCAGAUGUGACUAAAGAGGAUGAGGAUGAGGAUGAAGACAAGGAUGAGGAUGAAGAUGAAGACAAGGAUGAGGAUGAAGAUAAGGUCAAAGAAAAUGAGACUGUGGAUGAAGGUGCAUUCAGACGUGCCAUGAAUAUGAUUAGAGAUGCUUUGAUGAACUUUGCAAGUUUGAUCGGAAGUGCCUUGGCUGCAGUCGGAGGUGUUGUUGGAGGUGCAAUCGGAGGUGCCUUGAUUGCAAUUGGAGGUGCCUUGAAUCCAAACAUAGGUACAACUGGAGAAGAGGCAGCCAAGACUACAACUGCGACUGUGGUGUCAGAAGAGGCAGACGUAACAACAGACGCGACUGCUGUCACAGAAGAGGCAGCCAAGACUACAACCGCAACUGCAGUGACAAAAGAGGCAGACAUAACUACAGAUGUGUCUGCGGUGACAGAAGAGGCAGAUGUAACUACAGAAGAUGUGACUGCAGCCAUGACUGCAUUGACAGAAGAAGCAAAUGUGACUACAGAAGAUGUGACUACAGCCAUGACUGCGGUGACAGAAGAGGCAAAUGUGACUCCAGGAGAUGUGACUACUGCCACGAAGAUGUGACUACAGCCACGACAGAUGUAACUACAACAGACGUGACUACAACAGACGUGACUACAACAGACGUGACUACAACAGAGGUGACUACAACAGACGUGACUACAGCAGAUGUGACUACAAUAGACGUGACUACAACAGAGGUGACUACAACAGACGUGACUACAACAGAAGUGACUACAACAGAGGUGACUACAACAGACGUGACUACAACAGACGUGACUACAACAGAAGUGACUACAACAGAGGUGACUACAACAGACGUGACUACAACAGACGUGACUACAACAGAGGUGACUACAACAGACGUGACUACAACAGAAGUGACUACAACAGACGUGACUACAACAGAAGUGACUUCAACAGAAGUGACUACAACAGACAUGACUACAACAGACGUGACUACAGCCAUGACUGAGGUCACAGAAGAGGAAGAAGUGACUACAUCCACGAAUGUGGCCACAAAAGAGUCAGAUGUGACUAAAGAGGAUGAGGAUGAGGAUGAAGACAAGGAUGAGAAUGAAGGUGAAGACGGUGCGGUCAGAGGUGUUGUUGGAGGUGCAAUCGGAGGUGCCUUGAAUCCAAACAUAGGUA